CCAACGUGUGACGUCACGGUGGGUUGCCACUUUGUUCUGAACGCGUCCUGAUCGCUGAGAGCGCGUCCUCGCAAGAACAGCUCUGAGCAGGAGACAGAAGAGGAGAGGGGACCGAACAGCGGACAGGGACGACACCAGGACUCCUCAGAGAAGUGACUGUCUGUCAGCCACUGACACUGGCGCGUGGAUUACAACAGCUGCAAAGUUUACGGCUAUUCUUGCAACAUCUGGCUGCUUCCCGGGCUUCAGCAGAACAUUCGAUCCAGCACCAUAAAUCCACCGCACAGCAGAAAAGGGAGUUCCAGAGCCUCGGGGCCCUGACAGACAAAGCCUGGUCACCUUUAGUAGCCAGCCUUGACCUAGGGACAGCCAACAAGGACAGGCUGACCGAUCUUAGGUGCAACUAGGAUUGUAGGGAGUCAAGAGGUGCGAAAUGUUGCUAUGGUGAACAAUAGAGUGGAGGUGCCUGCUGUUGCAGUGAUGGGCAGUGGCGUGGGAACAGCAGGCAGAUCGUGUGCAGGAUGUGGAAGUCGAAUCGCAGACCGCUUCCUGCUCUUCUCCAUGGAGCGAUACUGGCACACGCGCUGCCUCAAGUGCUCGUGCUGCCACGCUCAGCUGGGCGAGUACAGCAGCACCUGUUACAGCAAAGGAGGCAUGAUUCUUUGUAAGAAUGACUACAUCAGGCUGUUUGGACACAGUGGUGCCUGUAGUGCUUGUGGACAGUCUAUACCUGCCAGUGAGAUGGUGAUGCGAGCGCAAGGCAGCGUUUACCACCUUAAAUGUUUUACCUGUGCGACCUGUAGAAACCGCCUGGUCCCAGGUGAUCGUUUUCACUACGUCAAUGGGACUAUCUUCUGUGAGCAUGACCGACCAGGGGGAGGUCUGCACAGUGGACACCCAACUUCACUGCAGCCCAACAGCAUGAUGUCUGAUCAGAAGGUGUGCUGAGGAAGAGGAUGGAAAAACCAAAUGUGUGCCUUCUCCUCCACCUUCCUCCUCCGUCACUUCUUCACCCUCCUUCACACUGUGAAUCCUGCCAUUGGCAGACCUUCCACCAUCCUGAUGGACAUUUACUCCACAGUCUGGAUUUAUACUGGUUUAGGUUUCAGCUUUCCAGCAGCAACUGACUUGUCUGUAUAGGUGGACUGUGAAUCUGGACAUGUACUAUGUGCUGUUAGAAGUUGGAAAUUAUUUAUAUGUUAGGCUGUUUAUUGUGAACUGUGAGUGGUAAGAACUGUCAUGGUAAAUGGUGGAGAAAUUGAAGCCUUAUAACUCAACGUGACUCCUGUAGGAGGUGAAUUUGUUUUAUCCAAAAUAACAGACCACACUUGUACUUUGACCAGUUUUGGGUUUGUUUUGAUUUGUGAGUUGUGAUUCCAACUACCGGAUGUUUCCCUCCACACACAAGAGAAGCCGUUUUCAGACAUGAACUCCAAGAGAGAUGAAGCUAUUGAUUCAUCCCAAUCAAUAAUUUAACUAUUUCUGGAAGGUAAAAACUUCUAACUUUGGAAUAUUUGCUUUUGAAAAUUGUUAUCACCACCUGGAUGGAUUACAAUGAAAUGUAGAUCAGACACCCAUGUUCCCCUCAGGAUGAAUUGUCAUAGCUUUCAUGUUCUGGCUUUUCGCAUCAUAAGGUCAAAUUUAGUUUAAAAAAUACAUUUUAAUUUCCCAUCAGCCUCAAAUUUACUUGAAUUCAUAUGUCAGUAAUCUGAAGCAAGCUAACUACAAGGUAAACAUUACCCUCUAUUUUGUAUUUCAUUGUUCUAUGCUUUAUUUACCCAAAAGCCUGUGAUCUCAAUAAUUAAGCCUUUUGGAAAAAUUAACUUUGCUCACAAUUAUUCAGUGGAUGUACACAGUGAUUCAUAAGUGUGGUAGCAAAGCAUCUACAGAAGUAAAGGCUAAGAAGGUCAAGGCUGUCUCUCCAUAUGAAUGUCUUUCUUUGUAUACUUCAUUAUAAUGUACCCUCUUUUCUUCAGGUGUUGAUGAAAGUUCAUCAUUGAUGCAUUUAAAUUUAUACAGUGUUUAUAAUUGUGUUUUGAAAGAUUGUUCCAAAAGAGAUUUAGCAGCAGUCACAUGUGCUGUAUACUCUAAAUGUUCAUUGCUGUGCAAAUCAAGUCUUUACUUUUAAAACUACUGUUCAUAGUUUGAGUAAGAGUGAAGGAUGAUUGAGAUGAAAUGUUUAAGUGCACUAAUAACCUGCUGAAUUGUGUGCUACACUAUAUGAAACAUAUAUGAUGUUGUGUUUUCUUUUUCAAUUAAGUCAAACGUAUUGCUCCAAACUGUGCAUGGAAAGAAAAUGAGACCUCUCAGAAGAGCUGUCUUAUGUGUGAUAAGGAUGAUUUGGCUAAAGCUACAGUGAGAGUUACAGAUAGCUGCUUCAGACUGAGGAGUAAGUAAGGAAGGCUUUGGGUUCUCAGACAAACGUGGCUGAUUACCCACAGGAAUGGGAUUUCAAAGGCCUGAGCCGAGGCCAUUACAGAAGCAAUUAAAGUGGGAUGCGCUGGAGGCCUGCAUCGGCUUUAGCUGCACUCCAGUAUUUCAGCCUAAUGAGGCCUAAUCUGGUGAGGUGGUCUAAUUAAAAGGUACGGAGUGCUUUCCUAUGGGCAUGCAGCAGUUUGUGCUCUCUAGCUUACUGAGCGGCAAACAUACAAGACAGAAUGUUUGUUUUUUUUGUUUUCAACCAUAUGUGUCCAUUCUCUGUUGAAAUUAAAACAUUCAACUUGA